AAAAGUUUCGUCCUUUUUUGUACUAAAUCGAUAAUUUAUCUAUUUUUCGAUUUCCAGCAAGUGUUACUAGCAGCAGAAAACAAUUAUUUAUAUCUGGGCGGUCUGAUAAGAAUUCUAAGGAAUGCAUGUAUUUAUAGUAUGUCAUCAGACCAGAACCUUCCACCAGAUUCUAAACCUUUUAACUGUCAUCAUCAAGUAAACAAUAAACGUGUCAACAUUGAGUGUCAAGUGAACGAUUUCCAUGGCAACAUUGAGUGUCAAGUGAACGAUUUCCAUGGCAACACUGAGUGUCAAGUGAACGAUUUCCAUGGCAACACUGAGUGUCAAUUGAACGAUUUCCAUGACAACACGAACAACAUAAUCAUGACGUCUUUAAAAUCUAAUGGUAUAAGCCGAGUCCCCUCUCCAGACAGUGCAUGCGAACAAGAUUGGACACCAACAAGUAUAAUACAACCCCCACCGGAGGACUAUUCCCAAGGGGUAUCAACAGUUGAUGAUACUACAAGCGACACUUCAGACAGUACAAAUACUAGUGAUCAGAAUAAUAACACGUUGAACACUAAUUCCCUUUCUUCUGGAGAAAACCAGAUACAUAACAUGCAACAAGGUGGUGAAAAACGAGGACCUAAUGGAGGAGUUCACCUACAAGAUAGUGAUGGCGAUUCCGGAAUUGUGGCUAUUAGCAGGAGAAUCGGGUCCGUGUGUUCUAACGAAACGGACUGUAGCCAAGACAACAUCCGGAGAAAACCAAGGGAUACUUCUGGCAACAAUUCUCUGGAAUUACCAAAUAAAUAUUCACUGAAACCAACGCUAAAAUCCUCUUCGGUUUCGAAUCUACACUCUUGUAACGGGCCAAUGAAAGAUGGCCGUAACAUCCUGUUAGAAAGCGGACCUUCUAUAAAUAGGUCCAUACCUUUAGCUGUACACUCUUCAUCGUUCAAAGAUUUAUCUUCUCCCCGGGUCCGAUUUGAUGAAGAUCUCCAGCUUACUGAACACAAUAUUCGCCGAUCAUGCCGAAAACUCUUCGCUUCCCUAUACGCUCAGAAAACUGCAGCUGUAAAGUCUGGAUCUAGAAGUUGCCCUUAUUCUUCCAGCGGAACGCCAGAUGGUGUCCAUUCAAAUUUGUCCGAGACCAGUAGAUCUAUCAGGUCCGGAAGGAUUCAGGAUUACACGUUCAACCUUACUCAAGAAACUAGUGGCUCAAGUGUAUCAGGGAUGAAGUUUGGCAGUCAGACCUUGCCAUCCAAAACGUUCAGGACAUCAUGGAGUCAUGGUGUAGAUACCACAAAACAUCCUGCUUACAAAACCAGGUAUCUUCUCGGGCAACAACUCAGUGUCCCUUUAGAUCUUAGUUCUGUAUCCCACCUCUACAACAGUAACACGAACAGAGAGAAAAAUGACACAGAAAAGUACAUCAGUCGAUCUAAUAGUGAUAUUUAUGCAGGAGCAACAUCAACAGUAUACCAAACAACAAAGGACAUUCAACCAAAGCAUUCUUGCUGGUCGAAAACGACAAAAAAUUUCACGAACCUUCAAACAGCAGCACAAACCAAGCUUUCGGAAUCUAGUCACAUCUCCAAUAUGCCAUCAUGUACAAACCUCAGCGAAAGGCAGCAGCCUUCCAAAGCCUUUUUAUUUAAAAGCAAAAGCUGUACAACUCUGCCAAGUCAAACAAAUUUACGCACCGUGGACAUUCCUUCUUUGGAUCCCUACCUUUAUCUUGAUCAAGACGAGUCUUUGGACUUAACUUCAUCUCAUCGACUUGUCUCCAAAGUGAAAAACCCGAGCUGCAAGAACGUGCGUCUUGACAGAGAUUCUGACUGCGUGCUCUACAGUGACGACAUGAUCAAAGUGUAUGCUCAUUUGGCUUCUGUGGUCCCAGAAGGAACCAAAGUACAAGAAGAAACGGUGCUGUCAAAUUCCAAAUCGACAGAAAAUAAAUUACAAUACUCGUUCAAGUCGGGUUAUUCGCAAACGUCAAAGUAUGCCCACUGCACGCAAGUGUUAAGGGACUCUGAGGACUAUCAAACAUUCGAUGCUGACAAUCAGAUCAAAGAAUCUUUAUUCCCUGAUAACUGUAGUGCCUCGAAAUCCUUCGCCCAUCAUUCAUCACUGUCAACUGUAACACAUGCUCUACUUAAUUAUAAUUCAGAGAGACACGAACAUGUGGUGGCUGCGGAAGACAACAGAGGAGCAGGAGAAGGAGGAAAUAACCCAGAAUUUCACGCUAUUUCUACAUUGAAUAAUCAAGAUUUAAUAUCAGUCAAAGCCAAGCAGGUGGGAAUGACUGAACAUGCCGUUAUUAAAAACAGAAAAUCUUGUCGUUCGCAAGACAUCACGUCUCUUCCUCGGGUAAUCAGUAACCCAUGUAUCACGAGUGGUGAAGGUAGCGCCCUCUGCCAUGAACAAGAAUCACCAGUUCCUCCAAAGAUGCUCAUACACAGAAGUGAUUUUGCCCUAUACAAAGGAUCGUCCCCAUCGAAAAAGUCAAUCAGGGAGCGUGUCCAGGGCUUCACAAGAUAUGCCAAGAGCGCUCUCCAAAAGGCUUUCAGCACGGAGCGUGUCUACAGGCCUGAUAAGGAGGAGAGACUCGAAAAUGCGCGCAGGUCACGACGAUCACACUCUUUUAUGAAAAGUCUGAGGAUUCGCAUGAGCAUGAGAGGAGAUAAAAGAAAGACUCUCAAUCAGAGUGACACUGUGUGUCACGACUCUAUUAUGCCACAUUCCAGUCCCCAUACGUCUGAGGAUACUAGCAUGAAUACCCUACCCCUCUCUGAUCACGUGUGGGGUCAGCUGGUUCAGCUUCACGUGGAUGGCUCGCAAGUAGUGGAGCUCAAGAAGCCUCCCAAAAAGCCAUUUGGAUUUUUCGUAGCUCGGGGCAGGAUCAAAAACUGCAAAGGAGUUUUCGUGUCCCGGAUGAGAGAUCACGAAACAAUGAAUUUGCUCUCUGGGUUGAUCGACAUAGGAGACGAAAUUUUAGAAAUAGAUGGUGUUAAUGUUAAAGAGAAGGACAUCAUAGAAGUAAACAAUUUAAUGGCUAAAAAGAACAACAUAUUCCUGACCAUCUUGCCAUUUUCCAGUCGGAAGGACGUUUGAAAAAGUACCUUAAAAAGUACUACGAUCAUCGUUGACGCGCCAUCUGUUGGUUCAUAUUUAUACAUUUGAAACUCGGUCUCCUAAUGACAUUUUUGUCAUUAAUUGUAUUAUCUAUGUGUUUAUAUAUUCGCCGUAUUAAGGACUGCUGAUAUAAAACAACGAGUGUAAGAUAAAGUUGAUUUAUUCUUUAUUGUAUUAUAAGUAUUUUACAAAACUUUAUGUUGAAUUUGGUUGGUGAAGAGAUAGAAUCACACCCGCAGAAUUCCAGGCAGAAUAGCUGUGGAAGAAUCAAUCCAAACACAAGUAACUGCCUUUAAUUAACUGGUCCAGGCGACACUAGAACACGUGUGCCGUUAAAUCCUUACCUGUCUGACACCCUUAUGUGCCAAAUUUUAUCCCCUUCUCGUCUUGCAUUCUAUUUUUGUUCUUCCUGAUAUUAAAUACAACAGGACGAAAACGAACUACUUUAUCGACUUGGCUAAUCUACCCGAAGGGAAUGAGUGAAAGAUUGCACGUGUCAUUAGAAUUGUUGUAGGUUUAUAUUAUUUGAAUAUUUAAGUUUCGUUCACGUCAAACUCAUGCGCAUUACGACCAAAGGGAUAGGAUUUGGACAGGAUAAGAGUUUGGAGCAUACAUUACAUCUUUGACAUUACUUUUAAUAUGUUGAAAAAACAAAGACUGACCUGUUUAUAAGAAAUAAAUUUUCCUCGUAUGUAAAUGUCGUCGUUACCCUGAAAAAGUAAGUUGUAUAGAACAUUGUAUAGAAAAAUUUUUUGUACUCCAUUUUUAGCCCAAAACGAUAAAAUCUGGGUUAUU